AUGUGGGGUCGAGGAACGAAGAUAUGGCAGCAGUCAGAUUCUCAACAAAGGACAGGACCAGAACCUCUGAAAGAAUGUUUACCAGGUGUGUUAAUGCAUUUUCCUUCUUCUUUAAAGUUGCUAUCUUUAUUUUCCUGCUCUGGUUUUAUAGGAAUGGAAGGUUCACAAGAAAUGAAGAAGCGAGGCAAUGACCUAUUUAAACAAAAGGACUAUGAGGGAGCUGUAGAAGCUUAUACUAAAGCUAUACAGUUUUGCCCUGAAGGAGAAGCAAAUCAUUUAUCUUUAUGCUACCAGAAUAGGGCUGCUGCUAAUGAACGACUUGGCAAUUUAGAAAGAGUCAUUGAGGACUGUUCAACAGCCCUCAGUUUGAAUCUUUUUUAUCAGAAGGCUGCUGUACGACGAGGGCGAGCAUACGUAAGACUUGGAGAGCUUGAAAACGCAUUAGAUGAUUUUACUUACGCUUUUGUCUUGGAUGCAAACGCUGUUGACCAUUUUGCAGCAGACACAGAUAAAGUUGUUACAGAGUUAUGCGAUACAUUUAUCAAUGAUUUGGAAAAGACACGGAGGGGUAUUCCAAUAAGGGAUGAACAGGUACUGCUUUGGCAGUCUUGUUAUGUGAACGACUCGGUGCUAAGUGAUUUGAAAAAAGAUUUUGACGUGAAGAGCUGUUAUGGUAAAGUGCUGCAAGCAAUCAAAGAUCAUAGAUAUGAGGAGGUAAUUGGCUUACUGGAAAAUGACAUUGAUUCCGGGUUGAAUGAUGCAUCUGAAAGCUUACGGAAUUAUAUUUUGCUGACGCGAUUUGCGUUGAUGAAAGAAGAUUUGGAUACAAUGAGAAAGUACUUAGACAGAUUUGCAAAACUUUGGGCAGCGUUAGAUGAGGAAGUUAAGAACGAUCCUGUGACUAAACAUUAUCGUGCUAUGUAUUAUCUUCUUUCUGCUGCUUUAAAAUUGCUUGUUAAUCCCCCUCUUCUCAACCAGGACAUUCAAAAGGCUGUUGAAGCUGAUAGGGAUAAUGUUGACGUGUAUCUUAGUGCUGCUAUGCUCCUCUCUGAAAGUGGACAGUUCGAUCUUGCGUUGGAGUAUCUAGAACAACUUUCUAAAAUCAAUCCGAAGCAUCAUUUAGUGAAUCACAUGAAAAUAAAUUUUGACUUGGCAAUGAAAGCUUCCGCUGGGGACGUUGCUGGUACGUUCAACGCUGUAUUAAGAGCAGAUGAAUUAUUAAAAGCCAACCCUGAUGCAGACCCCGUUUUACAUCUGAUAACCGGACGGCUUUACUUUGCCGCCCAGAAUGUCGAGCUUGCUAAAGCGGCUUUCAAAAAAGCAGCAGAAGGUUUGCCAGAGUACUCAGCCCCGAUAUUUUACCUCGCCAUGGUUGAAGUGGAGGAGGCAGAGGAUCCAGAGAGGGUUCAGGCUUUGGAGGAGAAGAUGAAACUUUGUUUAGAGAAGGAGAAGGCCAACCCUGAUGCAUUAAACAUUUUGGCUCGGAUUGCGUGUCAAAGGAAUGACUACGCCGAAGCAAAAAGGUUAUUUGAACAGAGUAUCAAAGUGUGCCCGUUACGAAGCAAUAAAGCUGCGAUGCAACGCACAGUUAUUGAUUACCUUCAAGCUCGAGCUAUGUGUAAAGCGCAAGAGCGUUUAAAAGUCCAUGAUUAG